AUACUCUUAACAGUGAACAACAAAGCCUUACUGACUGGAUUAUUACUUUAACUCUUGCACUGGGAUUUUAUCUGGAAACCAAGCUGCCUUCGGCUACCACAACUGAAUUCUCGAUGGCGUCAACCGAUCUUAGUCUAAUUCUCAACAAUGCAAUUGCCAACCUGUACCCAUCUGAAUCGCAGCCCAACAUGUUGAGCACGACAGUGCCAAUGGGCAGAUCACCACAUCUCUCCGAGAUCACCUUCAACAGUAACAGCACAAUGGGCUCCUGGGACCAGGUGAACCCACAGAUGUGGACCAGGCAGAAUGUUCUGGAGUGGAUCGGGUUUCACGUGGAGGAGAGCAGGUUUGACGCCAGUCUGCUGAAUAUGAACUACUGCGACAUGGACGGCGUCACGCUGUGCACAAUGUCCAAGGAAACCUUGAUGAACAUGUUCGGACUGGUGCUUGGCGAACAGCUUCACCACAGUCUGGAGAGCCAAAAGGCCAGAUAUGCUACUGACCUGUCAGAGACCGGUCUGAGUGAAUCCGAAUUAGAUUUACUGGACAACAUACUGCAGAACUCAUUUCCUUACAUCCAUGGACCAAGCCUCGGUCCACUGCUGGAAACAGUGGUGGUCCAGGCCUCAAUCCCAACAGACAAUACGGAGAACACCUACAGUUACUUUGAUGAGUACACCAGCCAGCUGACUCCAGAGAGUGACCAUGGCUAUGACUCUCUAACUGAGAGUUUCCAGAGUUCAAACACUGGCAGCUUCCUGAACCCAAGCUCACCCGAGUCCAACAGCAGCGACUCAGACCCCGAAUACUCAGAGAUGCCUUACUCCACCAGCACCAAGAACUUUGUGAAACAAGAGUCAGUAGAGACAAAAAAGAGAGGCAGGGGCCGACCCCCAAAGCCCAGGGAUAGUGAGGGAUAUGAGCACUUCAUUCAGUCUAAGAAAAGCAAACAUGCUCCAAGAGGAACCCACCUUUGGGAGUUCAUCCGGGACAUUCUGAUUCACCCGGAGCAGAACCAAGGUCUGAUGAAAUGGGAGGACCGCAGAGAUGGCGUCUUCAAGUUCUUGAAGUCCGAGGCUGUUGCUCAGCUCUGGGGGCAGAAGAAGAAGAACAGCAGCAUGACUUAUGAGAAGCUCAGCAGAGCCAUGAGGUAUUACUACAAACGGGAGAUUCUGGAGCGAGUGGACGGACGCAGGCUCGUCUACAAGUUCGGGAAGAACUCCACCGGUUGGAGGAUAGAGGAGACCGGAUAUUGAAGCGGACUCAGUGAAAGAAGGCCGCUUUCAGUCAAGCGUAGAGACUUUGGGCUCCUGCUAAUGAGGAACUUAAGGCGGAGAUUGGUUGCUCUGAAGAUCCUCUCUUUAGAAACACACUCUUCCCAGAGGGAAAAGGUUUCGCAGAAACUGUAAGCCAGUGUUUUGGCUAAAGUAGGUUUUAUGAACCGGUAAAAGUAGCACUUAGUCUGGUUCGAGACGCCACGCGGGCGUGGCCUGGAUCAGAUAGUAUUGCUACACCACUUAAAGACUCUAUGUAAACACUUGUUCUUCACAAUUGUUGAACUGUGAGACAAUGUAAAGCUUUGUAAAGCCUCUUGGUAUUGGGAAAUGAAGUUUCAUGUGUAAGUAACUGUUAAACUAUGUGUCAGAGCAGACUAAUGGAAGAACACGUCGGUGGUAUGAAGUGUGUGUAACGUUCAUAAUGAUCUGCUGUACUGAUUGAUAAUUGUUCUACUGUAUGUAAAUGUAUGUAAAACUAAAUAUUCUUUGUAAUACUUGUCAAUCGAGUACAAAUCAGAUAUAUCAUUGAAGAUUCUGCUCAAUUUUUCUGUGAUUUGUUAAGUCACUGAAUAAUAUGUAUGAGGUUUGCCUCUCAGAAACAAUAACUAUUAUGUAUGGCAUAUAUUUGCUAUUUUUUUUUUGUAUAAGCCUUUUCUAAAUAAAAUUUCUGAUUAAAAGCCA